CUUUUUUGAAAGUGAUAUGAUCUCACCAGACACAAAUGUAUUAAAUGCUGAGCAAACAAAGAAAAUAUUAGAAAGAUUAAAUAGUUGGAAAAAUGGUAUCUGUGCUAAUGGAAAAUUAGCAAGUCAGUCAUGCUUUGUAUUAAAGCAACGACCUCAUAUCUAUAUUCAUCCAGAACCGCCUCAGCAGCCAAAAAGUAUAACUACAGAGAUAAUUACUGAAUGGCCAUGGGCAGAGAAUUUAGUUGAGUCUGGAGCUAUUACAAAUUUGAAUGAUGAUAUGAUGAUAAAGACUAUGUCUGACUUCUUUAUGAUAUUUCAUUAUGAUAAAGACCAUACGAAUCAUUAUAACACAUUACAUUUACUUCGGCUCUAUAAACAUGCCUCUUUUAAUAUUGACAAUAUAUAUCGACCUACGAGAGCACUUGAAAAGAAGUUACAACAAGUUUUACAUGAAACUAAUCGAGAUUUUCAAUGGGAGCAACUUGUUGAAAUGUGGAAUCUAUUUGGCUAUUUAUGGCCUAGGAAAAUUAUAAUAGGAUAUAGAACCUAUCUUAAAAAGACAUAUCCAUUUCGUGAUAUCAUUGAUGGAGUAAAUGGUUAUUAUUACAAUUUAAGUCUUCUAAAAGAUGAGUUUGACAGCUUACCAAAUCAUCUCGUAUUUGACUUGAAUCAGUUCUUAGAUGAUUGUGUCGUUAUAUCUCGACUCGAUAUGACACCUAUACAUGAAUUAUUUAAUGAAGAGGCCAAAAAUACUAUAAAUUCUAUUAUCAAUGAAAAAUUUACGAAAAUACCUGCCUACUAUCCUGUUAAAUUCUAUAAUAUAUCCACUCAUGGUUAUUUGUGCUGGGAUCCAGUUAUACAGCAAGACCCUGUCUUUGGAGGGAAUCAAGAUUAUUUGAUUCGAGCUAUUACGGCCGAUCAUUCUGAAAUAAGAAAGUCGCCUGAAUGUCAAUAUCUGUGGAGAUUCACUUGGAAACCUAUUAUUCAAGCAGAUGAUACAAUGAAUUCUACAAUAAAACAUCGUAAUGAAACCAUUCGUGGUUUCAGUAAGUUAUAUAUAUACCCUGCAUGUAAAUCCACUCCUCCUUUCAAAUCUAAACAAACCAAUUAUUAUUAUUUACCAAAAAUACAUAGUCAAAAGCAAGAUCAUCGCUUGCAAAUUCAAAAUAGAAUGACAAAUGAAUUAAAUGUGAUUGAAACUAAUAAAUGGAUGUUAGUCUGUCCUCACCGACAAUAUGAAGCAAUAUCUUCUCGUGAAGAGGUUUCAAAGUUAAAAAGCUUACGCCUACUACCAAGUCAUUUAUUGAACUUUAAAGAAGAAUUACAACUAGAUUGGACAGUUGAAUAUCCAUAUAAUGGCUUAAAAUAUAUGACAGAUACGCAACUAAAUAUAAAAUUGAACUUUCACGAAUAUAUUAGACGCAUGAAACCCGUAUUAAAUGGCGAUAUUAUACAACUACAACAGGUAGGCUUGUUGACUGCUUUUAAUCCUGCAUCCUAUCAUGAUCAACAAUCACAUAAAAUAGAUAAAGAUAUAGUACAUCAGCAUAAUACAGCACUCCAGCAUUUAAAAAUGAUGAAAGGACUCAUUGCUCGUAAAGCUAGCUUCAAAUCUAAGAAUAAAAAGAUUGUCUUGUGUAUCAAUGAAGAUAUUACGAGAGAACUUGGGUCAGAGACAACAUUUUGGAGAGUAGAAUUGCCUAAUGAGUUUGAUAUGUUGAAACAUUCAGACAGUCUAUAUCAAUUACCAAUAAGCAAAACUGACCAAAAGUAUGAGCAUACAUCUGCAUCAUCUAACAAAGAUGAAGAAAAUGGUUUUACUUUCCAUCAUUUUAAGGGAGACAAUACUACAACAAAGCGUUCAUCUUUAAGAAGAACAAAAUCGUUAGGAUCUUUGUAUGAGAAGCAAAAUGUAACUUACAUUAGCCCGAACUCGGAUAAAGCAGCCUAUUUUGAAGGACUUGUGCAUAAUAAAGAAGCAUCAAAUUUACUAACUCAAUUUUUUAAAAAUGCAUCAUUACAACCUUUGGCUCAAUUUGUUAAGCCAGCCCGCACAAAACCACCAGCACAAAUAUACCAUUCCAGUCCUUCCCCUUUUACUACAAAUCAACAAAAGUUUAUUUAAUUUUUUUUUCAUUAUAUGUAAUAUAGUUCAAUGUAUUCUGGGUUUUUUUUUAUUUAUUUUAUUAUUAUUAUUAUUUUAAUAGAA